AUGGCAGACGCAGGCGAGAAUCUGGAUGGUUUGGAAAUCCCCGAGGAUAUUUUUCACGAUAUAAAAUUUUUUGUGAGUGGCGAAGUCUCCGCGAAGGUGGUUGAUUUGCUGAAAAGUGGUGGUGCUGAACGUUUGAAUUACUUUUCUGACUACGUUACCCAUUUGCUCUGUGGCGAAAAUCCAGAAGAGAAUGACUUAUGUGAUGCCAAUGAUCUGUAUGAAAUCCCUGCAGUUACCGCCAGUUGGGUUUUGAUGUGUAUCAAAUUAAAGAAAAUAGUCAAUACGAAACCGUACAUUUAUAACACGGAGAGGUUAUUUUCAAACUGUGUUUUUUGCCUGUCGAAGCCAGGAGGUGAUCGGGAUGUGUUGUGGGCUGUUAUAACAUAUCAUGGAGGGGUAGUACAAUUAAACUUGGACAGCAGGUGCACUCAUUUGGUUACCAUUGAUGUAAAUACGACGAAAUAUGAGAAAGCUUACAACUUAGGGCCUGAAAAAAUACUUAUAGUAACGCCUGAUUGGGUUAUUGAAUCCGUUAGAAAUAAGUCGUUGGCACAAGCUGACUUAUUUCACCCGAAACUUAUUAAGUGGCCUAAAGUAAUAAAACAUGAAAGCACAACGGCUAUCACUGGCUUUGAGCCUGAAAAAGUGGAACCUUUUGACAAAACUGACAGCUUGGUUACCGACUCUACGCAAGCUUUAUUAGAUAAACUUAAACAAAGAAUGCCAUGGAUUCAAACGCAGAGUACCACGGCGGCGGAUAUCGUACCACCAAAUGUGAUCGCGCCGAGUUUCUUGAAUAAAAAUCAACAAAAUCAACAGAUUCGGACUUUCGCGAAACCGCUUAAUCAACCACAAGUUAGUCAACAGCAACAAAUCCAACCACAAGUUAGUCAACAACAACAACAGCAACCACAACAACAGCCACAGCCACCGCAGCAGCAACAGCAGCAGCCACCGCAACCACAACAGCCACAACCACAACAGCAGCAGCCGCCACCUGUUACUACCUUUGCACAGCCUCAGACAGGUGUUAUUUCCAAUCAGCAAAUACCCAGAAGUAUUGUUCAUCAUACACCACAACCACAACAGUUGCUGCAACAGCAACAACAACAACAGUCAACACAACCACAGUCACAACCAACGUUCAGUUUACCAAAUCAGUUACAUCUGAAUCGGUUGAUCAGUCAACAGCAAAACAGACCCACACUACAGCAGUUACGAAGUCAAUUAGGCCCCACCCAGCUGCAUCAUCAUUUGUUGCAGCAACGCAUUCAGCAGCAACAACAGAACCAACAAAAUGCUGCCCAGCGGCCUCUUCUGUUGCAACAACAGCAACAACUACUCCAACAACAAAUUGCCCAAGGUCAGCUAGGGCAGGCACGGCAGUUGUUGCAAAAUCAGAGUCAACAGCAACAGUUAAAUCAAUUAAACCAAAUCCAACAGCAGUCGCAGUUGGGGUUGCAACAGCAGAAUCAACAAAACAAUCAACAGCUGGGUCAGAUUCAACAACCCGUCUCCCUGGCGCAAAACCAACAGUUUGCGAAUAUCAUACAACAGCCGCAACAUAUUCUGCAGCAGCAACAACAACAGCAAAACCAAGUUUUACAGCAGCAGAAUCAAGUUUUGCAACAACAGCAGCAACAAAAUCAAGUUUUACAACAGCAGCAGCAGCAGCAGCAGAAUCAAGUGUUGCAACAACAACAGAAUCAAGUUUUACAGCAGCAGCAACAGAAUCAAGUGCUGCAGCAGCAACAGAAUCAAAUUUUGCAACAGCAGCAGCAACAAAAUCAAGUUUUGCAGCAGCAGCAGCAACAAAAUCAAGUUUUGCAACAGCAACCAAAUCAGAUAUUGCAACAGCAGCAACCAACUCAGGUGUUACAACAGCAACAACCGAAUCAGGUCUUGCAGCAGCCGAACAAGAUUUUUGUUUCGCAGCAGCAGAUUGUGCAAAAUCAGCCGAAUUUGGCGAUUCAGCAACAAUUCGUUGGCCAAAAUCAACCGCAGUUCACUCAACAGCACCCACAACAGCCGCAGACGAGUCAACAUUUCGUUCAGAAUCAACCGGAGAAUUUGUUGCAGAGUUCGCAGUUUCAGCAGAAUAAUGUUAUCAGUCAGCAGUUGUUGUUGAAUCAGCAGCAGAGCCAGUUUAAUCAGCAACAGCAGCAACCUCAGCCGAAUCAGCCGCAGCCAAGGCCACAGAUAAAUCAACAUUUGUGGCAGCAACAGCAACAACAGCAGCAGCAACAACAACAGCAGCAGCAACAGAUGACUAUUAGGCAUCCUGUUAAUAUAGUGCAGCAAGGGCCUAGGAUUCAGUGGUCGCCAAAUCAACAACCUAAUCAGCCGCAACGUCAGUUUAUUCAACUCGACGCUCAAACUCAUAAUGAACUACAGAAAAUGAACCCUGAACAGCAGGCGUUGUUUGUUCAGAGAUUGAAACAGAAACAGCUGCUUGUGCAAAAACAACUAGCUCAGAGGGCUGGUGGGGGGCACAUUUUGAUCAGAGGUUCAGUACCACCGGGUUUAAACCCCCAACAACAAAUGCAGUGGCUACAGCGCCAAGCCAAACAACAAGGUGUUGUCCUCCCGCCUAAUAUCCAACAACAAACAAUAACACCUGGCGGUUUGACACCACAAAAUAUUCAACAACCAAAUAUCCAGCACACUCCAGGCUUAAGUCCCAUCCAACAACAGCAACAGUUCACUGACCAGAAUCAACAGCAACAACAACAGCAGCAGUUGCAACUGAGACAACAAUACAGACUACAACAAUUCCAACUACAGAGGGAGCAAGCGCAAAAGAACCAGUUGGUUGCUGUACAACAACAACAACAACAGCAACAGCAGCAGCAGCAACAACAACAACAGCAGCAGCAACCGCAGCCACAGCCACAGCCGCCUCCUCCGCCACCCCCAACCCCCCAACCAGCAAUACAACCGGGCGUAGUGAGACCCCUAGGUCCUGUGGUUCCUGUCACACCGGACUCCACCACAAACCCUCCCGAGGUGAACGCUUCUCAGCAGUUGGUUGUUAAUGCUAAAACUAAGACGGCUCUGGCGAAUAUGCUGAGUAAUCGGCUGCAGAGUGGAGGCGGGACCGUGGGGCCGGUACCGGAGGCGGCGAUUCCGGAGCCAUCGGCGGCUGGAACCCUACGCCUGAUGACGGCCCAACACAAUGCGGCCCUCAACCCGAAUAAUAGACCGCAGGAUCUGAUCGCGUUGCAGCAGAGGAGGGUGAUCAAUGGACCAAAUGGUGAGAUUAUAAGGGCGUUGGUGCCGCAGGCUGUGCCUGUUAUGCCGCAAAACGAGGCACCGAAGGUGCCGUUUUCGCCGAGGGCGGCGGUGCCGAUGCAGCAUAGACCGGGGCCGUUUUACGGUCAUAAUCCUAAUUUGAAAUUGCCUCCUGACCUGUUCCUCCUCGGCUGCAUCUUCGUCGUCGUCGAAAUCGAGCGAUAUCUGGAUGAAUCUCUGCCAGGGUGGCAACAGAAAAUCGAAAAACACGGAGGUGAAGUCGAAAAACAGUAUUGCAAUCGAGUGACCCACGUUUUGUGCGAAACCCAACGCCAUGGCGUCGUUAUGCAAGCCCUAAGGGAUUGCAAACGUUGCAUUACCAUAUACUGGUUGUCAGACGUGAUGAAACGCAAACAGGUCCUACCUCCAUGGACCGCGUUGCAUCUACCUACCAUAUAUCUGGACACGACGCCGGCAUCAAAGCAUCUGAUCACACUGAGCGGGUUCACAGGGUGCGACCGAAGCCGAGUCAAGCACAUGAUUAACUACACAGGGGCCAAAUUCACUUCAUACUUUUCCAAACACAAUACGAUAUUAAUAGCAGCGAAAGGAGAUGGCUCUAAGUACUCCCAUGCGAAAAAAUGGGGGAUCCCCGUGGUCAAUGUGCAGUGGUUGACCGACAUAAUGUUGGGGAAUUUCGCGGCCUUAAACCAAAUGGAGCACAUCAUGUAUCAGCAGUUUCCGACGCCGCCUAAUUUUAGUUUCGAUCCGAAGCUGGUGCCGAAUCUGAUGCAUGCCUGGAAGAUGCCUAUCAACAUUUCGCAGGAGUCUUACGAGCGGGUGAAGAGAAGCGCGUCGCCGGUUCUCAUGCCGAAGAAGGCGAAGAAGAUGAAAACCGAGCACACGGAUGAGAACGACAACGUUAACGACGAAGGGGUCGAUGUCAAUUCGAAUUAUAGGGUGCUGUUUUCGAUGUCUUCCGAGGCGACUACGUUGCAGAAAAUCGUAAAACAACUAGGAGGCGUCGUCGCCAAAAGCCAUCAAGAUUGCACCCACCUAGUGAUGCCGACUCUAGCCCGCUCCAACAAGCUCCUCUUCUGCAUCUGCCGCGAGGUCUACAUCAUGCCGGAGCAGUGGCUCAAGGACUCCCACAGCGCCCAGAAGUUCUUAGACGAAGCCAACUACAGUCUAGACACCAAAGAUUUCAAUAGUGAAUACAAAUGUGACUUUACUCAAACGCUAAACACUAAAAACCGUAGCAAACUGUUCGAAGGAAAAUCCUUCUGGAUAACGCCGAGUGUUUUCCCGAGUAAAAGUGUGUUAGUGGAGCUCGUGCAAAGCUGCGGCGGCGUCGUCGAGAGAAUCCGAAGGACAGCUGCGCAGAUCGAGGCGAUGAACGUGAACGCGCCUUUCAGUUACAUUAUCAUCACACACGAGAACGACAUACAUUUGGUCGCGGACCUCUUGAGGAAUAAAAAAGACACAAAUCGGAUCGUCUGCAGUGCCGAAUUGAUUUUCAGUGCCAUUCUUAGACAGACCUUCGAGGUGGAUCCGUACGCCGUCAAAGUGUUAUGAAAGUGAAGGUUUUGUUGAGGAGUUCGACGCGAUUUUGUUCUUCGGCAAAAUUGGAGGGUUAUUUACUAAAAAUUUUUGAUAUUUGAUUAGAUGUACGGACCAAUCGUUUUUGUUUACUAGGACCUAAACUUUAUGAUUUUGUUUGUUGUUUAAACCAUAGGUGUAUAUUGUUAUUGCUUUUGUUUUUUUUUAGUACACUGAUGUAAGUUAAUCUUUAUAAAAAGCAAGUGUCAUUGAAGAUGAAAUUUAAAUAAGAACAGAGACUUAAAUUUGUGAUUUUUAUUGCGAUAAGUUAAAAGUUGUAAGUAUUUUGUAAAAUUUCUAAAAUAAAAGUGGAGUUUA